AAUAAUAAUAAUAAUAGUUCUGUGAUGGGGUUGGGGCUCCGUGAGGUUUCAAUGUGCUGGCCUUCCUGUGGGGCCAGGCUGGGUGUGAUGCUAUGCAAAGUGCCAGGCAGCACAUCAGCUCUGUGCCACACGCGCUUUGUGUGGCUAACCAAAUCUGGAUUUACAUCCAGUUCAAGCAGGAAGUACAUGGCACUCUUAUUUCCAGUCAGGUGUGACAGCCCUGGACUGUGAACCUGGUGCCUAUUUUACACUGCAAGUAAUCUAUGCUCGCCGGAAGUACAAGAUCUCUCCUCCAGAGACAACAGGUCACCCUGAAUUCGAGCGGAUCUUCAGGGCUCAGUAAGAUUUCGACUUGUUCAUGGGUGAAUUGCUCCGAGUACUUCCCGAUCUUCAUCUCACUCCUCUGGGUUGCUGGGAUCUUCUUCCAUCAAGGGGUGGCGGCAGCCUGUGGGAUGCUGUACCUCUACACACGCUUCCGCUACUUCCAAGGCUACGCGCUGGCCGCGCAGGGACGGUUGGGGCCACUGUAUGCCAGCGCCCGGCUGCUGUGGCUGCUGGUGGGCCUGGCGGUGGCUGGGCUCCUGGCACACUUCCUGCUGCUCCCGUCCUCCCCGUGGGCGCUGGCAUGGCCUCUCCGGCUGCUCAACGCCUGGUGAGCGAGGCCUCAGCUCCCCCAGGCCCCUCAACCUGCUCUGCACCUUGAACCGGUGUCAUCGUUCCUCACCACUGCUGCGAUCAUCCCUGUCGGAGUGUGUCACGCCACAGAGAUACAAAGAAUAAAUGCCUUUUCUCUACAGAAAUCAUUUGUGAUUGUCAAACUUGCUUGAGGGGGGACUGGGUGUGAGAACAUCAGAGGCUUAUGGGCAUGGGGUUGCAUGGGAAAAGCUACUGUGAAUAAAACUAAUUUGAAAGUGUGUGUAAACUUGUCUAAAAACUCACCACAACUGAGGGGGAAAAAAGCCUUACUUUAAUCUAACGGGCUUGCCCCUGACUUGAAUGAUCUUGUCUUGCCAGGCACUGGUCCUGGACAGGACACGGGCCCAGCGCCUCCCCCUGCAAGUCACUCUCACCACUGCACCAAAGGUUUAAAUUUUGCUUUUAUUACAGUGCACGUUAUUUUAUAUAUUUAUAUAGAGAGAUGUACUUGAAAAAUCAAAUGUAUCCAAUAAUAAAAAAUACAGCACAUUAAAGUAGUAUAAUGCAUUCCAGUGUAUAGCUGAAGAGACAUUGGGAUUUACACUAAUCCCUACUAUUUUUGAACUGGGCUACUUCUGUUUUUUUUUUUUUUU